GGCGGGGCGGGGCGGGAGCGUCGCGGAGCGCAGGCCGCGGCGGCGGCGGAGUAGGUAGCAGCCGCAGAUAGUGCGGGCCUGCGCCCCAGCCCUGGUCGCUGGUCCCGCGCCCCCACCUCAGCCCCGGGCGCGCGCACGCCGGGGCCCUGCGGGGCUGGCUGCUGAGCGAGUAGGCAGCCGGACCUGCGCAGCCACCCGGAGCACCCCCUGGGCCCAGGAGCACACGGAAGUGUCACAAACCAGUUUGGUGAGAAGAGCCCACGUUUUGGUUUUGGAUGACCUGUAUGCAAGUCUCAGCUCCAUCACUUGCUAACUGGAUACCCUUGGGCAAGUCACUUAAAUUCUCUGGACACCUCUUUCUUCAUCUGUUACAACGGCCCAGCUCUAAACGGACUUUGGAAAGUAGAGAAGAAAAUCCAGUCUGCUUUUUGGAGGACAUUGGACAGCCGAAUAAAUGCAGGGUGAAAGGUUAUAACACCAUCUCUGAGUUCUUGCCACGCCUGUAUAGGAUCUCAAGGACGAAGUAUCUAAAUAUAAAAGAGGACUGCAAUGCCAUGGCUUUCUGUGCUAAAAUGAGGAGCUCCAAGAAGACCGAGGUGAAUCUGGAGGCUCCCGAGCCAGGGGUGGAAGUGCUCUUCUAUCUUUCGGAUAGGGAGCCCCUCCGGCUGGGCAGCGGGGAGUACACGGCGGAGGAGCUCUGCAUCAGGGCCGCGCAGGAAUGUUGUAUCUCUCCUCUGUGUCACAACCUCUUUGCUCUGUAUGAUGAGAACACCAAGCUCUGGUAUGCCCCGAAUCGCACCAUCACUGUUGACGACAAGACAUCGCUCCGGCUCCACUACCGGAUGAGAUUCUAUUUCACCAACUGGCAUGGGACCAAUGAUAAUGAGCAGUCUGUAUGGCGACAUUCUCCAAAGAAGCAGAAAAAUGGCUAUGAGAAAAAAAAAGUCCCAGAUGCAACCCCUCUCCUCGACGCCAGCUCUCUGGAGUAUCUGUUUGCUCAGGGACAAUAUGAUUUGGUCAAAUGCCUGGCUCCCAUUCGAGACCCCAAGACCGAGCAGGAUGGGCAUGAUAUCGAGAAUGAGUGUCUGGGCAUGGCAGUCCUGGCCAUCUCCCACUACGCUAUGAUGAAGAAGAUGCAGUUGCCAGAACUGCCCAAGGACAUCAGCUACAAGCGAUAUAUUCCAGAAACAUUGAAUAAGUCCAUCAGACAGAGGAACCUUCUCACCAGGAUGCGGAUAAAUAAUGUUUUCAAGGAUUUCUUGAAGGAAUUUAACAACAAGACUAUUUGUGACAGCAGCGUAUCUACUCAUGACCUGAAGGUGAAAUACCUGGCCACCUUGGAAACUUUGACAAAACAUUAUGGCGCUGAAAUAUUUGAGACUUCCAUGUUACUGAUUUCAUCAGAAAAUGAGAUGAAUUGGUUUCAUCCGAAUGACAGUGGAAACCUUCUCUACUAUGAAGUGAUGGUAACUGGAAAUCUUGGAAUCCAGUGGAGACAGAAACCAAAUGUUGUUCCUGUUGAAAAGGAAAAAAACAAACUGAAACGGAAAAAGCUGGAAAAUAAACACAAGAAGGAUGAGGAGAAAAACAAAAUCCGGGAAGAGUGGAACAAUUUUUCUUACUUCCCUGAAAUCACUCACAUUGUAAUAAAGGAGUCUGUGGUCAGCAUCAAUAAGCAGGACAACAAAAAAAUGGAACUGAAGCUCUCAUCCCAUGAAGAGGCCUUGUCCUUUGUGUCCCUGGUAGACGGCUACUUCCGGCUCACAGCAGAUGCCCAUCAUUACCUCUGCACCGAUGUGGCUCCCCCGUUGAUCGUCCACAACAUACAGAAUGGUUGUCACGGUCCAAUCUGCACGGAAUAUGCCAUCAAUAAGUUGCGGCAAGAAGGAAGCGAGGAGGGGAUGUAUGUGCUGAGGUGGAGCUGUACCGACUUUGACAAUAUCCUCAUGACUGUCACCUGCUUUGAAAAAUCUGAGGUGCUGGGUGGCCAGAAACAGUUCAAGAACUUUCAGAUCGAGGUGCAGAAGGGCCGCUACAGCCUGCACGGCUCGGACCGCAGCUUCCCCAGCCUGGGGGACCUGAUGAGCCACCUCAAGAAGCAGAUCCUGCGCACAGACAACAUCAGUUUCGUGCUGAAGCGCUGCUGCCAGCCCAAGCCCCGAGAGAUCUCCAAUCUGCUUGUGGCUACUAAGAAAGCCCAAGAGUGGCAGCCUGUCUACCCCAUGAGCCAGCUGAGUUUUGACCGGAUCCUCAAGAAAGAUAUUGUGCAAGGCGAGCACCUCGGGAGAGGCACACGGACACACAUCUACUCUGGUACCCUGGUGGAUUACAAGGAUGACGAAGGAACUGCGGAAGAAAAGAGAAUAAAAGUGAUCCUCAAAGUCUUAGACCCCAGCCACAGGGACAUUUCUCUGGCCUUCUUUGAGGCAGCCAGCAUGAUGAGGCAGGUCUCGCACAAACACAUCGUGUACCUCUAUGGCGUCUGUGUCCGAGAUGUGGAGAAUAUCAUGGUGGAGGAGUUUGUGGAGGGGGGGCCCCUGGAUCUCUUCAUGCACCGGAAAAGUGAUGUCCUCACCACACCAUGGAAGUUCAAAGUUGCCAAGCAGCUGGCCAGUGCCCUGAGUUACUUGGAGGAUAAAGACCUGGUCCACGGAAACGUGUGCACGAAAAAUCUUCUCCUGGCCCGCGAGGGCAUUGACAGUGAGUGCGGCCCGUUCAUCAAGCUCAGUGACCCUGGCAUCCCCAUCACUGUGCUGUCCAGGCAAGAGUGCAUAGAACGAAUCCCAUGGAUUGCUCCAGAGUGUGUUGAAGACUCCAAGAACCUGAGUGUGGCUGCUGACAAAUGGAGCUUUGGAACCACACUCUGGGAAAUCUGCUACAAUGGCGAGAUCCCUCUGAAAGACAAGACCCUGAUUGAGAAAGAGAGAUUCUACGAAAGCCGGUGCCGGCCAGUGACACCAUCUUGUAAGGAGCUGGCUGACCUUAUGACCCGCUGCAUGAACUAUGACCCCAACCAGAGACCUUUCUUCCGAGCCAUCAUGAGAGACAUCAAUAAACUGGAAGAGCAGAAUCCAGACAUUGUUUCUGAAAGAAAGCCGGCAACCGAAGUGGAUCCCACACAUUUUGAAAAGCGGUUCUUGAAGAGGAUCCGUGACUUGGGAGAGGGCCACUUCGGGAAGGUCGAGCUCUGCAGGUAUGACCCUGAGGGGGACAAUACUGGGGAGCAGGUGGCAGUCAAAUCCCUGAAGCCCGAGAGUGGAGGUAACCACAUAGCUGAUCUGAAGAAGGAAAUUGAAAUCCUAAGGAACCUCUAUCACGAGAACAUUGUGAAGUACAAAGGCAUCUGUACCGAAGACGGAGGAAAUGGUAUUAAGCUCAUCAUGGAAUUUCUGCCUUCAGGAAGCCUUAAGGAAUAUCUUCCAAAGAAUAAGAACAAAAUUAACCUCAAACAGCAGUUAAAAUAUGCCGUUCAGAUUUGUAAGGGGAUGGACUAUUUGGGUUCUCGUCAGUAUGUUCACCGGGACUUGGCAGCAAGAAACGUCCUCGUUGAGAGUGAGCACCAAGUGAAAAUUGGAGACUUUGGUUUGACCAAAGCCAUUGAAACUGACAAGGAGUACUACACAGUCAAGGAUGAUCGGGACAGCCCUGUGUUUUGGUAUGCUCCCGAAUGUUUAAUUCAGUGUAAAUUUUAUAUCGCCUCUGACGUCUGGUCAUUUGGAGUGACUCUGCACGAGCUGCUUACUUACUGUGACUCCGAUUACAGCCCCAUGGCGUUGUUCCUGAAAAUGAUAGGCCCAACUCAUGGCCAGAUGACAGUCACAAGACUUGUGAAUACAUUAAAAGAAGGAAAACGUUUGCCUUGUCCACUUCACUGUCCAGAUGAGGUUUAUCAGCUUAUGAGAAAAUGCUGGGAAUUCCAACCAUCCAAUCGGACAACUUUUCAGAACCUUAUUGAAGGAUUUGAAGCACUUUUAAAAUAAGCAUGAAUAACAUAACAUUUAAACUCCUGUGUAUCAAGUCCUCCUUCCCCAACCAAUACCCAAGCCAUUUAAAAUUUUUAAGGGAAGAAAUUCGUAUUUGGGUAUGUAAGGCACACUGUGGUGCUUAUCAUAUGUAAGUACUUCCCUCUUGAAAUUUGGCACCUGUAACAGAUGACAACCCAAACAGUAGAAAGCACUCCUCCUUUUGGAAAGAAUGGAAAGCACCAUUCUGUUUGGCUAGCGAAACGUCCCAGUUGCAUACCAGAAAACAAAACAAGAGGAGCCGACAAAAGCCCUUGGUCCCAGCUGCCCGUUGAUCCGAAAUGCUUUCCUGGCAGAUAGAGAUUGAUGGACUUAGCCAAUACUCUAACAUGGCCUCAGAUUUCAAUCUCUCUACAGCGAUAGACCAAGCAUUCUUGAAAUAUUAGAUACCAGUUAGUAGACUAUUGUUUCUAUACAAAAAUGAGUGUAUUCUUGUCACCAGUAGGACUUAAACUUUGAGUUGUUUCUUCAGUGGCUUUGCUCCUGUCCCCGUGGGUGACCAGCAGUACUGAUUUUUGAGAAAACUGGUCCGAGCCAGGGGGACAGCUAUGGAAUAGAUACUCUGCUGCAUGUUUAUUCUUGAGAACCAAGCCUGUGCCCGUGCUUUCCUAAACAAACAGUAUACCUUUAAUCAAUCAAUCAGAAUGGACUCCAAGACCUGGGAUACUAGCAUACGUGCUUCUCAGAAAUGUUACUGUAUACCCUUUUCUAACUCUACCACUUUGGGGCAAGCUGUUGCAACAUUGGUUUUGGAUGCUGAAUGCAACCAGUGUUUUCAUACUUAACCAUCCAUAUGCAAGAGUUCAGGAUCUACUAGACAGUUUUCAGUUUGCUUGGAGGUAGCUGGGUAAUCAAUCAAAUGUCUAAUCUCUGAUUCAAUGUGAACCAUAAGAACUUGACGACCAAGAGUGAAAAACUUAACGCUGUCUAGCAUUUGUUUGAUAUCAUUACUUUUCACCUUUUGAGCCUGAAAAAGAAAGAGUUCUGGAUUGUUCAAUGGCAACAAUAAACUUGCCAUUUAAAUUUAUUUGAUAACCCUACCAUCACCAAGGUCUCUGUGUCAAACCUGUGGCCACUCUAUAUGCACUUUGUUUACUCUUUAUACAAAUAAAUAUACUAGAGACUUCAC